GUCAAAAUCAAAACAAAAUGUCAAAUUUAAUUUGCUUUGUGAUGUUGCAUUUGUGUUUUACGUGAAAGAAAUUAUUAAAAACGCAGUUAGUGAUAAUAUAAUGUGUGACAAUGGCUUCGGUAAAAGUGGCUGUAAGGGUGCGCCCAUUCAAUCAAAGAGAAAAGGACAUGAGCGCCAAGUUGAUUGUCCAAAUGGAAGCAAAGAAAACGAGAUUGCUCACAGUAAAAAAUAGCAAAGAAAAUGAUGCCAGCCGGGAGAAGUACAAGGACUUCACGUUCGACCACUCGUACUGGUCGUACGACAGCGCCGACCCGCACUACGCCUCGCAGGAGCAGGUUUUCGCGGACCUGGGCCUGGACGUGAUAGACAGCGCGUUCGAGGGCUACAACGCGUGCGUGUUCGCGUACGGACAGACCGGCAGCGGGAAGACAUUCACCAUGAUGGGAUCGCCGGACUCCCAAGGUCUGAUACCCAGGAUAUGUCGGCAACUGUUCUCCCGGGUAGCGGCAGGGAAGGAGUCCGGGGCGUCCUACCGCACUGAAGUCAGCUACCUCGAGAUCUACAACGAGAGAGUCAAGGAUCUAUUGGCCACUGACGCCGGACACUCUCUGCGUGUCCGGGAGCAUCCGAAGUUGGGACCCUACGUGCAGGAUCUGUCGAGACAUCUGGUGUCAGAUUAUGAUGAUAUACAGGAGUGCAUGCACCGCGGCAACCUGCAGCGCACGACGGCGUCGACGCAGAUGAACGACGUGUCGUCGCGCUCGCACGCCAUCUUCACCAUCACGUUCGUGCAGGCCAGCUACCUGCGCCACAACAACAUGCCCAGCGAGACCGUCUCCAAGGUGCACCUCGUCGACCUGGCCGGCAGCGAAAGAGCCGACGCUACCGGCGCCACUGGUCAGCGGUUGGUUGAAGGAGCACACAUCAACAAGUCGCUGGUGACACUCGGCUCCGUGAUAUCCGCGCUAGCAGAGGCCACCCAAGUUAUUGACAGUCGCAAUGCAAAAAACAAGAAGAAUGUCUUCAUUCCAUAUCGAGAUUCUGUGCUAACAUGGCUACUAAAGGAUUCGCUUGGCGGAAAUUCUAAAACUAUCAUGAUUGCUGCGAUAUCGCCAGCGGACUGCAACUACGGCGAGACGCUGUCGACGUUACGGUACGCCAACCGCGCCAAGAACAUCAUCAACAAGCCCACCAUCAACGAGGACCCCAACGUCAAGCUCAUCCGCGAGCUGCGCGAGGAGAUCGACAAGCUGCGCGCGCAGAUAUCGCACAACACGGAUCCAAUCGAAAUGGAGCCGGCAGUGCUGGCUACCCUCCAGCGGAAGGAGGCGCAAGAGAAAGUUCUCACAGAGAAGUGGACGGAGAAGUGGAGGGAGACGCAGCAGAUCCUGCAGGAGCAGAAGGCCUUGGGGCUGAGGAAGAGCGGCUUGGGCGUCGUGCUCGACUCCGACAUGCCGCAUCUAGUUGGCAUCGAUGAUAACCUGCUGUCCACCGGAGUGACCUUGUAUCAUCUCAAGGAAGGGGAAACACUGAUCGGCAGCGAGGAGUUCACCCCCACUCCAGACAUAGUGCUGACCGGGGCGGGGGUGCUGCCGCUGCACUGCCGCGUGACGCUGCGGGAGGGGGUGGCCACCAUCACGCCGGCCUCCGGCGCGCAGUGCUGGCUCAACACCGUGCUGCUGGACAAGCCGGCCAAGCUUAGCCAGGGCUGCAUCCUCCUCCUGGGGCGCACGAACAUGUUCCGCUACAACGACCCGGCGGAGGCCGCCAAGCUGCGGCAGGAGGGCGCGUCCGCCAUGAACCUGUCGCGCCUGUCGCUGCUGUCCUGGUCCACCACCGACCUGGCCGCCAGCACCGAGAACCUCAACACUACGCUGUCGGACCUGGAAAGCGAGAUCAGGUGCGAGCGUAUAGAAGCUCAGCGGGCGGAGUUGGAGCGAGAGAGGCAGCAGUUCGAGCUGCAGCAGGAGGAGCGGCAACGUCGCUGGCACCAGGAGCGGGAGCAGCUGCUGCAGGCGCAGCGACAGCUGGAUGAGGAGCGGUCGGCGAUGGAAAAGGAGUACGCGUCGGCGUGCAGGCGACUGUCGGGCGACUGGCGCACGCUGGAGCGCGGCUGGACGCUGCGGCGCCGCGCGCUGCGCUGUCGGCAACGGGAGCUCAGCGCGCGCGUCACGCGCCACGCGGCCGCCGCGCGUGACGUCAUCGACACGAUUGAGAAGGAAGAAGGCCAGAUCGAGGAGUUGCGGCGGCAGCUGGGGGGGAAACAGCACGACCUGGAGCAGUUCUCGCGCCAGACGAUACAGGAGCUCCUUCAGAAUGGCUGCAAGAUCGAUGAGAGCCUGACGCCCAGCCCGGACAGUCCACCCUCGGAGACGUCCACGGAGAGCCUGAUGCACCUGCUGCAGCAGUGCGAGCCGCACACUGCCAGGAGCAUCAAAGAGACUGUGGAAAGACAUAAAAAGGAGUUAGAGAGUCUGGAGCAAGAGCUGCAAGGCCGCGUGGCGAGCGUGGCGGCGCACCGCGUGAAGAUCGAGCGCUUGCAGCAGGAGCUGGCCGUGCUGGCGGCCCGGGAGCGCGGCGUCACGCGCGCGCUGGCCGACGGGGAGGCCGAGAGCGACCUGGCCCCACUGGAGGGUGUGAAGCGCUGCAAGUCGGAGCUGGUGCUGUGCAGUCGCGCCGACGUGCCCGAGCCGCUGUCGGCCGACGAACGCGAGCACUUCCGGGCCAAGAGACUCAGCCUCAGCCUGUCCCUGGACCCGCUGCCGUCCCCUAGCUCGUCCAACACGCCGGACACGUUCCACACGGCCAGCUCGUCCCCCCGUCCGCCGCCCUCGUCCUCGUCCGUGCCCACGCCGUCCACGGAGCCGUCCGCGCUGACGAGCGACCCCCCCGUGCCGCACUUCCGACUGGGCGUGGCUCCGGACGACAGCGACGAUAUGUCCAGCACCGAAGAUUACCAUAAGCCUCGAAUAGUGGAGGGGCAGUCCUCCAGCUCAGUUGAGAGGUCACCGGAGGAGCGACAACAGAGAACCAAGUACAGAAGACGAAUAGGUGAAAGCAAGAACCGGCGGCAAGUGACGGAGGCGGAGGCGCUGCGGGCGAUGCAGCGGCUGUGCUCGCGGAUCGCGUCGCAGAAGAUGCUCGUCAUCAGCUCGCUGGAGAACGACUGCUCCAAGGAGGAGCUCAACCGGCAGAUUGCGGUGCUGCAGGAGCUGCAGAAGAAGUACGUCCGGCUGGAGAUGGCGCUGCAGUACUCGUUCUUCGACACGCCGCACAAGCGCAGCAUCAUGGUCACGCCCAUCCAGGAGACGCCGUCGCUGACGCUGAGCGAGAGCGACAUGCAGGCGGCCGACGAGCCGGCGCGCGACGACCACAACGGACACUUCGACGACCCACUCCUCAGCAGGUUAAACGAAGUGGAAGCGUCCGACAACGUGUCAACGUCCAAUGACGAGCUGCCCACGGAGGCGUCGUGGGCGGACCCGUUGCGAGCGCCGCGCCCGCCCUCCGCGCGCACCGACCACGACCACGAGCACGAGCAGUACGAGCGCGAGGACCGUCGGCUGUGCGUGCCGCAUCCGCUGUCGGAUUACUCCGAAGGUCUCAUGCACCCUGUGAAUUUUGCGGACGUGGUGAGCGUGCCGGGCUGGGUGACGCGCGGCGCGGGCGCGCGCACGCACCACGAGUACGAAGUGCGUGUGCGCCUGCCCGACGCGUCGUGGGCGCUGCUGCGGCGCUACCGGCGCUUCCGGGACCUCUACCUCGCCGCCAGGGCUAACUAUGGGGAGAAGGUGGCAGCGAUCCCGUUCCCCGCUCGCACUCUGUGGUCCUCGGAAGCGCUCGCUCGCUCCAGAAGACCGCAGCUGGAGACGUUCCUCAGAAGACUUCUGACAGUCUGCUCGACGGACAGAAGGUGUCCAUUGUACGCGUCGCCCAUCACCCGAGAUUCACUUGUUGCAUUCUCGCCUUUCUUCAGAAAGGGCGUGUUCGAGAGCGGCAAGUGUGGCACGGGAUGAUGCCGCGCGGAGCUCGUGUCGCGCGCACUGCGCAGGGACGCGCGGCGGCUGGCGCAGCUGCUGCUCGCCGCGCUGAUGCUGCUGCUGCGCUGCGCCGCGCUGCUGCUGCUGCUGCUGCUCUACCUCGCCGCCAAGCGGCGCCGGUAGACCCACCAAGUACUGUGCUCAGUGGGAGAGGACAUUGCUACAUUGUUACAACUGCAAAAAAUAUGGUCAUACAUGCUACAACUGCUUAGACGCUGGCGAGUAAGUUGAACCGAAAUGGAAGUCAUCUGCGCAGGUACAAUUGUACUGUUAGACGCAUGCCCGAGGUUGCUCCGUACGUUGAAAAUGUUAAAUAGUUAAAAAUUUCGUAUGCGAUUGUAAUGGCGUCAACCUGUUACUAUGGAUACUCGCAAACACCCGUAAAUGUGUUUAGUUCAACUUAUACGCCGCGUACUAUACUUAUCUACGAUGGGAAUUUAUUUGCUAAUUAUAAUGAAUUGUUUAAUGUAAUAUAAAGUGACAGAUCUACUUAAUGGAAUAAGUCAUUGUCGCUUACAUUAUCUGAAGGGAUUGCAUCCGUGGGUGCUCCACUAGUUGCGGGUGCAAACGUUACAUAUGAACACGAUUUAUCGGUAAGAAAAUCGAUUAUUGAUUUGACGAUUUCUACGGUUUUGAAGAUUCUCAAUGUAGAAGCUCUUAUUUUCCUACUCUGCCGAAUGACGCUGAUGUAGAGUUAUGUCUGCGAAUCUUUCCAAACCUAUUGACGUAACCAGUAACAAUUGCAGUUGUUACAAAUUUUGGUGCUACUUUUAAAGCGAUUGCAUAUCGUUUAUAUCAAGGUCAUUAUUGUCAAAUAAUCAUAAAUAUAGUCUGCAACUACAUAUACCGCAAAACAGACGCAUACGAUAAUAUAUAGGACUUGGUGACGUCACUGUGUCAAGGGAUACAAUAUUGUAUUGUAAAAAAAAAUAGUUGGAUAUGUAUUCCAAGUCGAAGUCGAAAUGUCACAGUAAACUAAACCUAAUGCCCUUGGUCUUAAAGACAUAUGUUAUACUGUUAAUUUAAAUUUUUGUAGUGAAUCCUGGCAAUAAAAGUAUAACUGAAAAUGAGCUUUAAAACAAAGUUUAUUAGGUUUGUUCCAUUUUGACAAUAUUGUGUUUUAUUGAAAACUAUUCUUUGAUUGCGUACAAAUCUCGAAAAAUUUGCAACUACAAUAGAACUCUGUGUAUAAUAUGACUGUGUAUAAUAGAACUGUGUGUAUAUUAGCUUGAGCAGUCUUUGUAGCAUAUUCAUGAUUUAGUUGUUAUAUAGCUUUAAAACUGUAUUACAGCUGUAAUUUCUAUACUCUUAACUAUUUAUUGGUGUCCCUGUUUAUUGCCAUGUUUAUGGGCUUAUUCCAACACAAGACAAACACACACACACACACACAGACACAAAGCUGCUAAACCCUAAGCCAAGUAAUAUAAAGAGCGUGUAUCAAUUUGAACAAUACUUAGUUUAGCUUAACAUCUUGGUAAGUGGGUAAGCAAAGACACACAAAUUGAAACAAGAAUAUCUUAUUACAUUCAUUAAAAAAAACUUUGUAGUAGAAAUAUAUUAAGUAAAGUAGUUUAUUUUAAAGAAAUAGUAGUAUAUAUUUAUCAGUAGAAAUAUAUUUUUAAAUGAUAUACAUUCCCCAUAAAUAUAUUUUGAGAAUCGCUCUGUUGGAAAACGUAAAUUCAAAAAUCAGAGACUCAAUAUAUGUCGAAAUAAAACAUCAUUUGCUUUUUGUUUAUAUUUAUUUUGAACUUUUCAAAAACCUGAAGAAAAUUAUAAAAAAGUUAAACGUAGCUGGUAAUCGCAGAUCUCUGCUACGAAUAUAUCCUAAAGUUAUUAUAUAUAGUCGAAUUUGAAUUAUCGUUAGAACUGUUUGAUUUUGAAUUCAAUUCGAUAUUACUUAUUAAUGUUAUGUUUAAAAUGUACGCAUUUUUCAAUGUGCAUGUUAUUUUUAUUUAUAUACCUACCUAAUUUAUAUAGUAGGUAAACAAAACUUACUACUACAGUUGGAAUUUGAAAAAACAAUAUUUUUAAAUGCAUUGGCUGACAUACUGAUGUGAUUUAGUAUCUAGAUACUAGAGAUGCAUUGUAACAAAUAUUGUGGAUUACCUACAAUUUUUUUUUCAAGUGUUCUUUUGGGUUCUCAAACAAUUAUUGAUGGGAUAUUCCGAUAUAUAUUGACCAUAUUACUCUUGCCAUGUUAAAUGAGUUUAAAAGAAAAACCUUAGUAGAUUGAAAUUGUUGUAACAAAAGUAAACUUUUGGCCUCUCCCAAAAGUAUUGGUUUAUCAAACGUUAUCUAGGUGUAGUGAAGCAGCGAUGAUCUAGGGUGCCUUUAAUAUUUAAUUAUUAAGUCCAAUCCAAUAAUAAAAUAAAUGUCCAAUAUACUCAUAAAUUCGUUUGUAAUUUCUAUUUCCAAAUUUGUUUAUCUUUAAUUUACAAAUUAUUAUGGACGGUUUUAGCACCUACUUUUAAGCGGGUAGAAUACUUUAUGUCAGAUGACAAAUAUCACAUUUUUGAAUAAGCUAUCUGUCACCAGAAUUUGGUUAUACCGACCGUUUGCUUCAUCCAGAUUGUUAUGUUGAAGACCUUUUUGUGUUUCGUUUGUUCGUAUAUUGGCCAUAUUACACGACAAUGUUUUAUAUACAUAUUGGCAUAUGUAGUAUGAGAUUAUUUAUAUACGAAUAAGACUUUAUGAGUAUUUUGGCACAUAUUUCCUAACCAACGGAUGUCCUUUACAGAAUUCCCUUUUGAUUUUACCAUUACCAUUCCUUUAUGACAUAUCUGACGUAGAGAAUAACUAAUUUCAGUCAUAGAUUUUUCAAGCAAAUUCAUAGUGGCUGUUGGCAAGCAUUUUCUUAUCUUGAGGCCUACCACAGGAUCUGCAAGUUGUACAAAGUCGACAUCGAAUUUCGUUUUCGAAAACUAAAUUAACUUUUACUAAACUAUGGACAAUAUCUCGCUACAGUUAAAUGUGUAAGUAAAGCCGAGGUGUGUAGUGCGCACAAGGUUGUUUAAGCAAUGUUUAGUGAAGUACUGUGCACGGGUCGAUAAUGUUAUCGAUAAAUUUAUACAAGAAAAAAAAAUUCUUUACUAUUGCUAUAUCAACAUGUGUAAAUAAAGCUGCAGUAUACUAUACAUAAAAUAUAUCCGGCAUAUUACAGACAUAUUAUAACUAUGAAAAAUAUUAUUUAUGAAUUUCUGCAACGAGAUAUUGCAUAGAGUAUAUGGUUAUUGUUAUGCUAUGUUUCUAAAAGACAUUUAUAUCUAAGUUAUUCUUAGAACCACUACAAUAUGGGCCUAUGUUAUAUAUAUAGACUCCAUUUGUGGGUAUUUUAUGUAAUGUAGUUUUAUUCGAGUAUUCCCCUUUUUUUUCGUUAAGGACAAUCCUUAUUUGAAAGUACCGUUGGAGACAAUAUUUUUUAUAAUAUGUUUAAUUGUCGGUAGGUAUCAUUUACAGUACGAAUCGAAGAUGAUCUUUACCGACCUUUCUACCAGAUGAACAUAUUUUUUAUAUCGAAUUAAAUUAUAUCAAUAUAUUUCCAAUUGGGUUGCGUAAAAAAAUAAAUCAUAUCCAUGACUAAAUUUUCAAUGCAAUAUAUAACCCAUUGGCAAUAUAUUUAUUUACAUAUUGAAUUUGAUAUAAAAAACUUCUUCCUGUAGACCUUUCGGUGUUAUAUAAGAUCUUGGACUAUUAAAGAAAUUAAAUAAAUAACAAUACAAUAACUAACAUUUUUUUAAAAAACUUAUUAUUUAUAUUUACCCUUGUUUAUUUACAUAAUAUGAAUUAAAUGAAAAUAAACAACUAAAAUUUGAUCCAAUUAUUGUGUCCGACUGUACUUUUUACAUUUAUGCAUAAUUUUUUCUGAUGUAAAAUUAUCAUAGUAAGUAGUGAAGGUGUACAUAAUAAUUAUAUGUAUAUAUUUUCCUAACAAAUAUAUAUAUAUAAAGCACCCGAGAUAUAUUUACUGGCGGCACGAGCUCCAAAAUUUAUCAGUAUAUAUAAUAUAUAGAUACUGAAAAUAUUUUUCUUAACAUAAUAUAGUAAAAAUUAGAUGUAGAAUAAUUCCACGGGAUUUCGUGCAAUCAAGGCAUCAAUUCUUGUAAUAAGCCAAGAUUACGACGUAUUGUUUACGCGUGUACCCAAUAAAAUAAAUCCAACUAAAGAAAUUUAACUAAAUUAGUAGAUAUAAAUGAGUUACAUUUUUUCUUGUUAAUAUUUAACAAAAAUGUUUUUUUUUUUAUUCAAUUUAACACACUCGUGAUUGAAGUAAAAGCAUAAAUCUAUUGCUGGUAUAUUUGUUAUUGUAUUGUACAUGUAAUUAACCGACUUCCAAAAAGGAGGAGGUUCUACGUUCGGCUGUAUGUAUGUUUGUAUGUAAAAAAAAAUAAUAGAUUCUAGUUUGAAAUACUAAUUUUACUAAUACGACGCCUAUAACUUAUCUGUAAAAUGUAAGCUAUUGUUUAGCUCAGAUUGAUUUGUAAAAUAAAUCUAUUUUUGUCACAUGAAUGACACAAAGAAGAUUUUGUGAUUGUCACCGAUAAGUCGGGCAUAGGCCUGUGAUAUAGGAAACUCGACACAGAAGCAGGUUUUUCUACUAAGGAAAUCCUCUGCAAGGUUUCUCGAUUUUGUGCAAUGUUUUUAAAAUAACUUAACGCAUUUUAGUCUUAAGGAAUUUGUUCUUUUCACACUAAUAGUGAUUGAAAUUUUUUCCAGAACUAAAUUCAAUUGAAGUUUAGUGCUGAAUUUUUAAAUAAGUUUGAUCAAUGAUCCAUCAACAUAUUCAUUACUUCAAGGACACAUGAGUUUAUAGACUAGCUGUUACUGCAGCCUAAAAUAUUAUGCAGCAAUUUGUUAACAUUAUCGAUUUUUUAAUAUAUGAUUUUUAUACUCAUCUCUAAAGUAUCAAAUUAUCGACAAUGCACAAGAACAAGCCUAGCGUUAAAAUAGAGGUUCAAUGGCGUGACAUUUUUAUAAAUUGAUUGAACAAUUUAAAAUGCACUGAACUUCUAAAGUUAUAAAAGUUACUCUAGUUCUGGUAAAAAUGUCAAAAAUAUCACGCCUAAUGCACAUUACUUUCCACGCUAAAUUGACAGGUCACAACACUACUUUGACAUCUGUCAAUUUGACUUAGUUAUUGUACAACCAAUUUGUUACAAAUAACGAUUUAUUAAUUUAGAAAAUUUAUAAGCCUCUUGUGUUUUAGUAUUGGAUUAAGAUAACAAGGGUUGUGAAUUAUUUGUUCUAACACUUAUAGCGGGCACAAAGCUAUUGUUUUUUCUAUUUGACACUUGGAUAGAUAAUAUCAAAUGGCAACACCGGUAAUUUCUUUUUUUUAUUAUUUUUGAAGUUCAAGUGAUUUUUACUAAAACUAUUUUCGAUUUAGAAAUUAAAAUAUUAUUGUGUUAUGUUAUGUGUUAACGAUUUUUUAAUUAUAUGUUUUGACAAUACUCCAAAAUUUUACACGUAUGUACAAAAUGUGCUAUAACAUUGUAAAUAGUAGAUAGUGAAUAACCCCCGUGUAUUGUGAUACUGACAGGGUCACAUAGAAAUAGUUAGUUUAACUUAUAAGGAGAAUGUUUUUUUUUUGUUUCCAAUUGUCUGAAUGAAACAAAUUGUUCUCAAACCAUAGACAAACGAUAGACUAUGGUAUGUCUAUUACUUAGUUCAAAUAGUAUAAAUAAUUUUGUUUAGUACAAAUUUAAUAAUGCACAUAUUUAUUUAUUAGAUCUCUGUAUGGUGGUCAAAGUGAAAUGUGUCUUUUGUAUUUUUAAUUAAAUUAUAUACAAGUCCCUAAAAUCAAUCAAAAAUAGUGUUAUUUUUUUAAACAUUGUAAAAAGGACAACACUACGUAUUCUGUGAAUGUAGUUAAGGACUUGUGUGUAUAUUUAUCACACCAUUUUAUGUAUGGAACACCAAAUUAUAAAAAUAGUUUAAGAUAAUGAUUUUUUAUAAACUGAAUUAUUAUUUAUUUUCUUUCUAUAAUGUAAUUAAUAAAUAUUAUAAAUGAAAUGUCCACUAAAUUAAUGGACAAUAUUUACGGCCUUUUGUAUCUAGUAAUAUUCUUCUAAUAAAACAAAUUUAUUACAACUCUAAAUGUGUUCUUUAAAACAAAUGAAUAGUGAUCUAAUUAUUUUCUGAAAAGUAGGAAUAAGGGAAAUAAAAAACAAUAUAGGUAAAUUAAAAAAUAAAUUUUCAAUGCUGGUAUCAUUAUAUUAUAGGUUCUAAAUAAAAAGUAUAGUGUUUUACAGAUAGCAUGAUUCGGUGAAUUUCGUUUCACUAUUGAAACUUUGCCGCGGUUCACGAUAAAAGUACGAAUUAUGAACGUCAUAAGGCAAAUGUCACCGUACCCAUGCUAUUUGAAAAACACUUUAGUAAUAUAAACGGCCUUGUUAAUCAAUUAUUAUUCAACGGUGGUGUUGUAAAGUUUAAUCGUAAAGUCUAAACAAAUAGAUGUACUUACUCUCAUUAAAAUUAUUUAUGUGGUUAUAUUGAAAUUGGUAUUAAAAUGUCAAAAAAUGUGUUUUUACUCUGGGGCGUUUGAAACACAAGAGGUACAAUAACCGAACUUGUUUUUCAAAAGUUAUAAAUAUUGUUAAUUUAAAAAAUAGAAAUGGACGUUUAAAUACUUACACUGGUAUUACCAAAAUUUCUAGGAUGAUUUGAGUAAAAGGAGAAAAUUCUUGAUUUUGGUAGCUAACUGAGUUACCAGGAAAUGAUAAUUACAGAGCGUCGGAACGAUAUAAUGAACGCAAUUUGUAGGACAAUUUGGCUGUUAAUUUGUAUAACUAUUAAUUAAUCAACAGUAAAAAAACAGCUGGUUAGUAGCAACUUUUAAUAACCAUGUUUACAAUACAAGUUGGGGGAGGGUAGAGUAACAAAAGCUACUUACGAAAAAUAAGCUUGUUAGUAAUCAGGUGAACAAAAUAUUCUAUGGAUCCCUGACUAUAAGACAUAUUUGAAUGAAAUGCAGCGCGCAAACAAAAAAAUAAAUAGACAGAAAGCGUCUUUCACUCCAUGCCAAUCUCUGAAAAAAAAAAAGGUAUGCUCUGUUAAAAAAAAGACAAGGCGAUUCGUAUAAAUAUUGGUUUUUUUUUGUUGUGUUUUAAACGCCCUUCAGUGCUGUUACAGUAUCGAAAUGCAUUAUAUUCUACGAUGUUUGUACCUUUACUCUAACUAAAUCUUUGUAAUCAAUGUUAUUUAAUUGUAAAUAUGUAAACGGCAUAUGUUUGUAGUAAUUAACUUAAUUAAAAGACCUUUUUGAGAAAUGUCUAAUUGCCGUUUGCGUAUAAUAAAUAAUAAUUUGUCAGUAAAUUGCUUGUAAUUGUAUGUUUUAUUUGAAUAACAAUACUAUUAAGCAACUGAUUGAAGAUUAACAGAUUGAAUUAACUGUAAGAUUUAUUGAGAGUAAGACAAAUUUAACAUAAAUAUUGUUGUUUCCCGAAAUGAAAAAAAAAAUGGUACUAUUAAUAUUUAAAUUGUUAACUGGCAUAAUAUGAUAAAUUAUUAGUUUUGUUAAGACCAAUAAAAUGAGCAAUGUUUAUAA